UUUGACCAUACGAUCUGAAAUCGGCCGACCAAAUUCUUCACCUUCGACAUCACUUUCGCCGAUUAUUCGUUUAAAACAUGGAUGCAACCACACUGUUUCAAUCCCAGUCGAUGAUCCAGACGACGAUAUAAUAAGAUGUCGUUGGGCAACUGGUAAUGAUGAAUGUGGGAGUAUUUGUCGUAAUUUUAAUGCUACCCUUGACGAAAAUGGUUGUACAAUUAAUUAUGAGGCAAGCUCCAUGAUGGGAUGGUAUGCAGUCGCUUUAAUGAUUGAGGACUUCUCAACCGCAAAAUCUACGACACCACUGAGUAAAAUCCCACUUCAGUUCCUAGUAUAUGUUUUCGAUAGUGCUGAUUUAUGCGACACUGUACCCCAGUUCGUCGACCCUACACCGAAGGAUGGCACAUUUAUCAAUGUACCUUUGUAUGAAAUACACUUUAUGCAAAUCGUCGUAUAUAUUGAAAACGCUAACAAAGAGAAUGUUGUCAUCGACACUGUAUCGCCUCUUGGAUUCUUGAAGUCUGAAGUAGCAGAAUUAAAUAACCGGCCUUACCACUUCUACGUGAAUAUAUCAUGGGAACCCAAAACCGAACAAUUAGGAGACAAUAUAUUUUGUUUCGAGGCAGCCACUGCUUCCGAAGUACCAAACAUGUUCUGCCCAGACAAUGUGUACGAUUCCCCAGGAUAUGUUCAUUUCAAUGUCUCCGCAACAGAUAAAGAGGGCGCUGUUUAUAUCACGUGUGACCAUUUGACUGGAAGUUUGUUCAAUGUUACCACGCUAGUUUCAUGCGUAACAACUGAUACUACCGGUAAUCGUGCUACCUGCAGUUUUAUUGUAAUUAUAGAUAAAAUAGCUCCAGUAAUAAACUGUACUAUACCCCAGAUCACAUCAAUCAUCCCAUUGGUUUACUACAGCCAGCCAAUAGCAGUUGACGACUUAUCUGAACCGACUGUUGAUUGUUUUCCUGUAUCUGGAUCGAGGUUUGCAAUUGGUUCCACGAAAGUUGUGUGCACUGCAAGGGACGAUGCCAAUAAUACAGCUAGCUGUUCAUUUGCUGUUAAUGUCUCUUCUGAAGUACCAAAUAUUUUCUGCCCAGAUGAUCACCUAUAUGAUUCCCCAGGAUAUGUUCAUUUCAAUGUCUCCGCAACAGAUAAAGAGGGCGCAGUUGAUAUCACGUGUGACCAUUUGACUGGAAGUUUGUUCAAUGAUACUACACCAGUUACAUGCGUAGCAAUUGAUACUACUGGUAAUCGUGCUACCUGCAUUUUUAUUGUAACCAUAGAUAAAAAAGACCCAUUGAUAAACUGUAGUAUGGACCAGGUGACAUCAAUCAUUCCGUUGGUUAACUAUAUCCAGCCAAUAGCAUUUGACGACUUGUCUGAACCGACGGUUGAUUGUUUUCCUGUUUCUGGAUCAAACUUUGCUGUUGGUGACACGACUGUUGCGUGUACUGCAAGGGACCAUGUCAAUAAUACAGCUAACUGUUCUUUUGUUGUUAAUGUCUUAAACUUUGCCUGCCCUGAGGAUCACGCGUAUAAUACCUCAAGUUAUGUCUAUUUCGACGUCAUUGGAACCGAUGAAGUUGGGGUUGAUAUCACGUGUGACCAUUUGUCUGGAAGCUUGUUCGACGAUACUACACUAGUUUCAUGCGUAGUAACUGAUACCUUUAAUAAUAAUGCUACCUGCAAUUUUCAAGUAAUCAUAGAUACAGAGCUUCCAGUAAUUGUGUGUCAGGAGGACGAGAUAAUUUCGACGGAGCCUUAUGUAAAGUACACAAAACCAACGGCGACGGAUAACUAUUCAAGUAAUCCAACUGUAUCGUGUCACCCUGAAUCUGGUUCUGUUUUUCCAAUCGGCGACACUCCCGUUGUGUGCACAGCUGUCGACGAAGUCAACAAUGAUGCAUCGUGUUCAUUUCUAGUAACAGUGGAAAAAUGA